UUUCCUUCCACACCUUGAGGCGUAAGCCUCGAGGCGGUCCGAUGCGCAAGCCUCAAGGCGUAAAACAAAUAAAAUUCAUAAAUAUUAAUAGUAAGCAAAACAUAAUUCCAUACCAAAUUUUAAACGUCAUAGAUUCAUAAAAUACUAGUUAUACGUCUAAAAACAUAUCAGUCUACAACUUAUAGUUCCCCGUAGCAUGAUCAAGUUGUAUAGCUCCACACUCGUAUCCAUAAUCACUAUCACUUUUGUCUUCCAAAUCCACAUGAAACAGAAAAAUAAUACGGAAAACUGAAAAUAAUAUAGAAAACAGAAUUUUUUUUUUACCAAAAAACAGAAAGUAUACAAAAAAAACAUACAUAACACAUUAUACAUAUAGAAAAUACAUUAUACAUGAUAUAGAACAUAUAUACUUGACUGAAAUAUAUAUAAUAUAAUAUAAUACAUCAUACAUAAACUAAAAAUAUGGACAAAAACGAAAAAGAACUUACUUGUUAGGUUGGCUAUUGAGAUGGAUAUCUUCUUGAGAGAGGAAAAAGUAAGCAAUGGAGAAGAAAAAAACGUUGUUUGGAGAGGUGUGCGCCUUAGAAACGCCUCACGCCUCAACGCCUCAAGGCACUGCCUCACCAAUUGAGGCUCAAGCCUCGUCGAGGGACCAUGAGGCGCCGCCUGAUGAGCGGUUUUGAACCGCCUCGCCUCGAGGCGUACGCCUCAAAACGAUUUUGAAAACCAUGAUAUGAUCACAAUACAUCUGUUUUUUGAUCACAUUAUAUCUGUUUAGCAUUACAAACCACGAAAUGCAUAUUUGAUCACAUUACAUUUGUUUUUUUAAUUGAAAAAUGCAUAUAAAUGAUUUUUUAUUUUUGCAGUUAACUUAAAUGGCAUUUACACAUAGAUGGAUCAUGGAUGUAAUGUGGUCAAAUAAGAUUUGUUUUAGUAAUGGGAACAAUGAACUAGUCGCUAACCUCUAAGGAACUAAUCAAGGCUACAUUGUUCUUCUAGUACCAUUUCCCAAACCUCUUUUAUUUAUUUUCUCUUUUGUCACAAACUCUCCUCUCUUGCCUCUUUUACUUUUUUCUGUCGAACCAACAACUGUUCUUCAUGUGUUAUAUAUUUAUCUACGUUUAACUUUUAUUUUAUAUGUGCACUUGUAUUAGAUGGUCCCUUGGCACAAUUCAUGCAUCCGUAUAUGACCUCUUUGUAUGUAUGUUGAUGGUUAUAUGCCCAUUGUAUUGUGUACAAUGUCCUAGAUUGAUUCUUCAAUGGUGUAUUUUUUAUAUUUUACUUUUGAGCUAUGCUACCAUAUUUUGUGCCUUCCCUAUGAAUGGUCAAUUGCUUCUUUUAUACCCUUUAUUGGUAGGUAUGUUGGUGAACUAGUUCUUCGAGUUAAAUGAAAUCUUAAGGAAUAGAACACAUACAUAUAUCCCAAAUAUAAUUCAAGCAUGAAGAAAAUAGAAAAUGUGGAUAUUGUAACUCUAUAUAUUGCAUAUAAUUACUAAAUGCAUCUUCUUUAAUGUAUUCUCAUUGACUUACAAAUUAUAACUUUUGCCUAUUUUAUCAAUGGUCGUUUGUAAUAUCUACUCGGCCUUAAAAAAUAGAUACACACAUGUAAACAUUUUCCCCGAAAUAAUCGUAGGAGCUUGUUUGUGAUCACUUGGAUCAACCUCUUAAUGUUCCCUUUUAUAGGAAUAUUAAUGCCUUACUAAAGUAUCUCAUCAACUGCGGAAGAUAUUAUGCUUUCUUGGUUCUAUUGGGUUAGUGUUAAGUAGGUGAUUUAGCCAUCUAUCGAGGGGGAAAAGGAAGCAGGACGACAACUAGUUGCUUUCUGGUGAGUUGCUAACGCUCCUCUCGUUUUACCACCAAACAAAUCUAGUAUAUCCCACCCACAUGUCACGUAUGGGUGGUAAGAUGUAAGUAGACUUUUCCUCAACCUCAAGAGACGAGGUAUAUAGAUUGUUUUCAAGAAGACUUCCUGACUUGCAAAAAAGAUUUGGGAAGCUUAACUAGAAGCCACAAUUUAGAAUUAUUUUCCCUAGAAUUAGAAAGGAAUAAAAAGAGCUAAUAUAUCUCAUCAACCGCAUAUGAUGCUCCAAAAUAAUGUGCCAAUUGACACUAUCUUUAAUGGACGGGGAAGAUGUACAUAGACUUCCCGUAAUAGCAAGAGUUAGAUAGAUUGUUUUUUAGAAGACCCCCUGACUUGCGAAAAAGAUUCGAGAAGCUUAAUUAGAAGACGAAUUUAGAUUUUCCCCCUAGAAUUAGAAAGGAAUACAAAGAUUCAAUCUCACCAACAACAUACGGUGCACUAAAAGUGCCAAUUGAACACUACCUUUAAUGGACGGAUGCUAAUAGUUAUAUGUACCACACACAAUACCUAGAUCGUGCGGCAAUGUUGUUUUUGAGUGAUAUUGUCUAAAAGAAGCAAAUGUAACAAUAAAUAAGAAAGGAAAAAAUGUAAAUAAUUUGAUAUUGAACAUCCAUAAAUUUGAGCACAAUAAAGAAUCAACUAUUGCCCUAGGUACAGUUUUGAAUUUGUUGCAUGUCAAUCUUUCUUCUUUCUGGUCAUAAUUCUUAAAGAUGAUUGUUUAACUUUAGUUAUUGUUGAUGCUUACUUUCCAUAUUAUGAUAAAAAGUCGGUCUGAAAUCUGAUUAUUGACAUGCAAAAAUUAUUAGACGAACGUUCUAUUGCAUAAAUGAACAUACAGGUCGAAACGUUUGAUAGUAAAAGCUAAGACUAUUUAAAAAAGCUACUAACAUAUAAAAUUUGGAACUUCUACAGAACAGUUUAGCUGAAAAAUUUAUACCAAAAGCUUUCAAAAUUCAGCGGUAACAAAACCAUUCAUCAAACAUCAUGACAUUGACAAAGAACCAAGUGUUAAACCAAAUAGCAAAGUAAAGAGACUAAAAAAAGCCAAAAUAAUGAGUAGAAAAAUGUUAUAGAUAUUCUUUUACCAAAUAAACAUCUUCGUAAUCAUUGAUGGGAAGGUGUUUCUUUUUCUAAUGCAUAGUGUUUUAGUUUGACCUUAAAAUUACACCUAACAUGGGAGUUUAGGAACCACAAACUUCGACUUUGUAAUGAUUGGUGGAACCCAUGGGAAAGUUCCAAUUGGUGUUGAGUUGUGUGGUUGAACUAUCAUGUGACCUGUAUUAAGUGGGUGCUCGAAAUCUUUGUCUCAGGGACAAACCAACUUGUUAUUUUUUCCUUUUUCAGUUAUGAAGAUCCAUAGAGUGCUCAAUCGACAGGGUAGGGUCAUUGAGGAAAAUCAUGAGAGAAGUUGAAGUAAUCCAAUGGUUUAGAAUUUUUUGCAUCUACUAUCAAAUUCGUGGAGGGUUGCAUAUUCAAUAUGGAAAAAGUUGAUGAAGAUGCUAGUCUUGAAUUUAAGUGGCUUAAGAGGAGAGGUUUUGGUGGGAAAAAGAAGGAGAUCCAAUUUUAUGAAUCUUUCAUAUACGAUGGAGUAAAAUAUAUGCUAUAUGAUUGUGUUUAUAUGUACAAGGAAGGUUUACGAGAACCUUAUAUUGGCAAAUUGAUAAAAAUAUGGGAGCUAAGGGACAGCAAGACGAAGAAAGUAAAAGUCCAAUGGUUUUUUCGUCCGGAGGAGAUUUCAAAGUGGCUUGGAGAUACCACGACUCUUGAGAAUGAAAUCUUUUUUGCAUCCGGUGAAGGUGUCGGUCUAGCCAAUAUUAAUCCUUUGGAAGCAAUUGCUGGUCAAUGCAAUGUUGUUUGUGUGUCAAAGGACCGCAGAAACCCCCAACCUUCAGAUGAGGAACUCAAGGUGGCGGAUUUCAUAUUUUAUCGUACGUUUGAUGUUCAAAGCUGCAGUAUAUUGGAUAAAAUGGAGGAGAAAGUUGGUGGGCUCGGAAUUGAAUACAUAUUUAACAGAAAAGAGGGUGAAAACACCAGCACUCUCCCUCAAAGUAUCUCUGACCGGAAGGAGGAAAACCAGAACACCACUACUUGCGGGGAAGUACAUCAGCUUUUAACAAAAAGCCUAACCAACAAGCUUAAGGAUGACAAAGAAGAUAUUAAGUUGUCAGCUGAAGUAGAAGUGAAAGUAGAUGCGAAAGGAGAAUCUCAAGGCAAAGAUAUUCCAAAUUUGUUGGCUGAAAAUGAUAGCUGCAUCCUUAAAGCUGACAAGGAUAAUUCAAGGCUAAAGGAUAUGCCCUUCAGUAAAGAUAAGGCUGGUAAGGAUGAGAUGAAAACGAGUAUGGUUCCCAUUCACAAGGUGGAAGCUAAGGAGAGAAACAAGCCUCCUACGGGAUCUGAUAAAUUACAUGAUCGACCAUUAAAGAAAAUUAUGCCAGACGAUAAAAACCCUUCCAAGGAGAAACAGGUUGAACUUGAAGUUGCUGGGGACUCUGACAGAUUGAAGGAUAUGCCCUCCAAGAAAUCUGAGGUUGAAAAAUCCAUCAAACUACCUGUUAAUAAACUGAAGGCUUUGGGAACAACUGGCUCGAGUUCAGAAAUGGGUAAAACUGACAGCUGCAUUGAUAAAGCUGACGAGGAUAAUUCGAAGCUCAAGGAUAUGCCUUGCAAUAAAGACAAGGAUGAGAGAAAAGUGAGCAUAGUCCCUGUUCAUGAGGUGGAAGCUAAGGAGAGAAACAAGACUCCUACUGGAAAUGAUAAAUUACAUGACCGACCCUUGAAGAAAAUGAAGUCCAAUGAUAAAGCAGUACCGAAAGAAAAACAGGUAGAGCUUGAAGUUGCCAGGGACUCUGAGAGAUUGAAGGAUAUGCCCUCCAAGAAAUCCAAGGUUGAGAACUCCAGCAAAUUACCUGUUGACAGUAACUCAAAACAUGAAGAAAAGUUACCGCUCCAUGUUAAGGAUCUGAAGGAUUCGGAAACAUCUGGCACCAAUUCAGAAAUGGGUAAAUCUGAUAGGUGCACUGUUAAAGCUGACAAGGAUAAUUCGAAGCAAAAGAAUAUGCCCUGCAGUAAAGAUAAGGAUGAGAUGGAAGAGAGCACGCUCCCUGUUCAUAAGGUGGAAGCCAAGGAGAAAAAUAAGACUCCUGCGGGAUCUGAUAACUUACAUGACCGUCCCUUGAAGAAAAUCAAGUCCAAUGAUAAAACGACACUCAAAGAAAUACAGGUUGAAGUUCAAGCUGAUGGGGACUCCGAGAGAUUGACUAAUUCCAUAAAACCACAUGGAAAGAAUGGUAAAGUUCUCCUGGAAUCUGACAAGGGAAAGAGUUCCACAAAAGUGACGGAUGACUUGGAAGGCAGGAUGUUGAACAAAACCAGGACUGAUGGCUCUUUUAAGAUGCCGGAUAAUAAGAAAAACAACUCUGUUCAGAAGCUGAGCAUUGAUACCAGUGGCAGUAAUGGCAAAGAUUUGGUAGAUAAGCAACCUAAAGUGGAGCAAUCUGUUGAGAGCAAAAGGAGGCUUUCUAUGAGCAAAUCACCCAAGGUUUCUGGUUUAUCAACUGAUAGAGACAAGAAAACCAUUUACCAGGAAUUCGUGGUCGGUCCAAAGCCAAAUGCUGAUAGAAGCGGUUGGUUCCGGCGACUUCCUUGGGAGGAAAGAUUGAAGAAUGCAUAUGAUCAAGGAACAGCGGUCCUGCUCUAUAAUGUGGAUCCAAAUUAUACUUCCGGAGAAGUUGAGGAUAUAAUUUGGCAUGCUUUAACGGAAAAUUGUGAAGCAAAGAUUCUACAGCGCACUGCAGUAUCUAGCCCACAUUAUGGUCAAGCUCUCAUUUUACUUAAGACGAAGGAAGCAGCACAGAGGGUUCUUGCAAAAUUGGACGAGGAAUGCUUAAUGUUAUCGAAUGGGAGGCCUCUUGUUGCUAUCACUUGUCCUCCUAUCUUAGUAAGGAAAAAUUCCAACUUUUUUGGUCACCUUGCCAUUGAUAAACUGAAACUUCAAAAUCAACGAGAAAUGGAUGAAGCUGUAUCCACGUCACAUUUUUCGCAACCAAAUACUAUCGAAUAUGACAUGGCCAUGGAGUGGUCUUUACUACAAUCACGGUCCAAGAAAUGGUGGGAGAUGAUUCACAAGCAACAAGGAGAUGAACUGAGAAAAGUUAAGACUGCCCUUGUGAAAAAAUGAGUGAAGUUUCAUGGAGUUGCUGCAAAGGAAGAGGUUAUCUGUUCAUAGUUUUCACCACCAUCGCAAUCUUGCAUGAAAUACUUUUCAGAAAAGCGGUACAUUGUACAAUGCCACCUUAACGGAGCCACAGAUCGGUUUUCCCUCGUUUCGUGCUGGUAGUUCUGUAUUGUAGCCAACUCGACUCAUGAAAUCAGCUGUUCUUUAUGGAUCUUUGUUGAAUCCUUGCGGGUUUUUUGAGAUCCAGAAAUAUCAUCAUAGAUUUUGGUACCAUUUGAGGUUGAAGUCCUCCAGUUUUAUAAUGUUUCAUCUUCAUUGUCUUUCCAAUUAGUUUCUAGUAAUUCCAAGAAUUAUGGAGGAACUCUAAUUGCAUUUCUAAAGAAUCAUGGGUUGAUGAAAAUGAACUCCGGGUUGAACUCAACACCCGACCUGAUUCGUCUUUGAAGAUGCGGCCAUUGAGAA